AUGACUUCUAAACCUCCCACGGCGGCGCCCCAGGGCUUUGCGGCCGUCUAUCCUACCAAAAGGCCGCAGCAGACAGUUAUCAAAGGGUUUCGGAUCUCGACACAGAAGCUCCCAAUUCUGAAGGCAGACCCUAUCGAUGAGAUGACACAAAAGCUGGGAAUUGCGCCACCAGAGAUGAUUUUUGGUGAUAACUACGUGAUGAUCGAGCAUGAGAAGAGCGGCUGGGGAAUCAACUUCAACGCAUUUGAUGCCUUAGAUUUAGUAGACAAGACCGGACAGUCCAUGUUGCAGGUUGCGUACUCCAAAGAGUGGCAGAAGAGCAGGGAGAAGACCCACGAGGGCAUCAAAGAAAUCGUGAAACCAUUCGACUGGUCCUACAGCACCGAUUACAAGGGCACCCUAAGCCCCAAUGCGAAAGCAUUCGAAGAAACCACAAAUGAAAUUCCCAUCGAGUUACUGAAACGUCCAGAUCCUAUCCUCUUCUUCGACGAAGUUGAUCUCUACGAAGACGAACUCGCUGACAACGGCAUUGCUCUUCUCAGCUGCAAGAUCCGUGUCAUGCCAGAACGCUUGCUUCUACUGCAACGGUUUUUUAUGAGACUUGAUAAUGUACUGAUUCGGGUUCGAGAGACUCGAGUGUAUGUUGAUUUUGAAAGCCGUGAAGUGAUCCGGGACUAUCAAUCGAAGGAGUGUUCCUAUGAGGAAGCCAGGAAGACCUUGGCGACUGCUCGAGAUGAUAUCCCAGCUUUGAUGCGAGAUGCCAAUAAGUUGUCGGAGCUGCUUCCUGUUGUCGAGAAACGAACAGAACGAGUCGUUCUUGAUGGAUAA